CGCAGUUCAACAAUAGCUACAACAACAAAAAUAUCCGGCGCAUUUCAAACCGGGAUACCGAAACGUACGUACGUAGUUAAACCGUGUGCUAAAAUACUCGAGGAGAGUAAGUGAAAUAGAUAGUCGAAUAACAAAAAACGACUAGGCAAGUACACAGAAAAAAAAAACAGUGGGUGUGUGUAAUAAUUAUCUAGUGUUUCAACGUUAAUAAUCUAAGGAUAUUUAAGCAGCCAAGAUGGUGUCCGGAGGAAUGGCUUGUGUCAAAUACCUUUUAUUCCUUUUCAAUCUUAUAUUUGCAAUAACCGGAAUCGUGUUUAUUGCCGUUGGAGCGGUCAUUCUGGCUAUGUAUAAUGACUACAGUAAUUUUAUGGAUAAUUGGUUCUUCGCUGCACCUGUUUUGAUGAUUGCCAUCGGGAUUACAGUCUUCCUAGUAUCCUUUUUCGGAUGCUGUGGAGCAGUAAAAGAACAUCAUUGCAUGAUAAUUACUUUCUCAGUGAUGUUGCUUCUGCUGUUCGCUCUGGAGCUCGGCGCAGGUAUCUGCGGCUACAUGAUGCGCAAUGAAGUAGGCAAGAUGUUGCACGCUCGUCUAAACAACACCAUGCCCCUGUACAAGUCGGAUUCAAAGAUCCAGAAGUCUUGGGAUGUUAUGCAGCACGAUUUCAAAUGCUGUGGUAUUGGGGGAUCUGGAGACUGGGCUAAUUUAUACCCCAACACUGAACUACCAAACUCGUGCUGCCAUGAAGUUCCAUUCAACCAAAAGUGUGAUUCAAACUCAAUUACUGUUAGUACAGAGGGAUGUAUGAAUAAAUUAAAAAGCGCUAUUGAAGACAAAGCAGUCAUUCUUGGAGGCGUUGGUAUUGGUAUAGCUCUUGUUCAGUUAAUUGGAGUUAUAUUCGCUUGCUGUCUAGCUCGAUCGAUUCGUCGUGAAUAUGAGACUGUAACACAAAAUUGAAAGGCGCUGAGAUCGAAAAUAAUAAAGCGUGUCUGUAAUUAUAAAAAAAAAAUAUUAUUAAAAAAAUAACAAUUUUAAUAUUUAUUCUUCAAAAUGUACUGUGCUACAAUUUCCAAGGAUCUGAGCAUCAAUAUUUUUGUGUAAAUUUGGGACAAAACAAUUAAUACUAAGUUAAUAAGUCUUUCUGUAUUUAAAAUUUAAUUUCUCCUAAAAUUAAUCGUCAAUUAAAAAAAAAAAAAUUAUAAAAUUUUAGAUAAAAAAAAGUAUUAAUAAUUAUAAUAAAAUAUUAAUUAUAUCGUUAAAAGAGUCGUCUAUAUACAUAGAUAUAUAAAUAGGUAUUAUAUGUAUGUAUAUAAAUAAUUCUAUUGUUUUCUGCAUUGUUAAUUCUAUGUAGAGUUAAAAUAUACUGAAAUAUUUAAAAUGUUUCGAGUUAGAAACCGAAUUUAAAAUUAAAACUAACAAAUUUAUUAUUUACUAUUUUAUUACUUUUUUUUCUUCUUUAUUUUCCGAAAGUACGUACAGAAAAGUCACGUAUGUGCGACGAAGAGGAUCGAUCAA